CAUUCCAUACACCACCACGUUUGUUCUGUGUUAUGUUUGUGUAUACCUACUUACAUAUACAUCGGCUACAUAAAAUUUUCCAUUGAUGAACUCUCUGAUCUCUGAAAGAGGGAAAGGAAAGAAGGGAGAAGUGGAGAACACAUCAUCAUCGUCUCGGACAGAGUAAUGCAGUUAAACAGCAACUUAUCAGGUAUUGAGUGUGAGCCUGAGCUAUACAUGGCUUUUAGUGUGCAGCUCGUGUGAAAAUCGUGUGAAAUUGUAAAAUUGACGGUGAAACCACGCAGACGCGGGACGCAACUGACGCCAACUGACGCAAUUGUCUUAAUAAUUGUGUAUCAUAUACACAUACGUCACACAUCAUAUCAUAAACUAUUGAAGCGGAGCAGACCGUCGGAAACAAACCAGCGACAGACUCUGGCGUGUCGCGCGUGCAGUGCAGUGUACACCUUUUACCAAGAAGGAGAGUAAUUUCGUUUCGAGUGUGGAAACAUCCUCGUGACAGUCGUUACAGCUUACGGAGGAGAGAGAGUUGUACACAGUAGACCUCCAACAUAUAUGUACACCCUCUCAUAACAUCAGCUGUGCAUCUGUGAGCGUGCCAUUGGAAUCGUCGACCUUCUGCAUGGAAUUGCAUUGCCGUGGAACUUAGUUCGUACUUGACUGCACACACAACACCUCUCUUGGGUGUCUGCCCCCCAGAGACAACGCAACACGGACGUAAAUAAAAAGAAAAAAAAAAAACAAACAGUGUCACGAGUAAUCUGCAGUCUGCUCUGACUCGAGAGACUCGAGUUUCAUUAUCGCCCUGGUACUCCAGUAGUAGCUGCAAUCAUGGUCCAACAGUACCAGUCACCCGUCCGGGUCUACAAGUACCCCUUUGCCCUCGUCAUGAUGGCGUAUGAACGAAGAUUUCCAACUUGUCCGCAAAUUCCAGUUUUCCUAGGAUGUGAUGUAAUAAAAGACGAAGAGAGUGAAGAUGGAGCCAUAAGAACAACAGAGAGGAGGUGUAAAUUAAACGUAGAUGCUCCUUACAUUUUAAAAAAGAUAAUAGGCGUGGAUUACGUAUUCUUUAUACAAAAAAAUGUCCUCGACCGUCGUAAUAGCGUUUUAGAAAUUGAAGCGUGGAACGAAAGUUUUUCCAGUAGGGUCACAGUUCUGGAAAAGUGUAAAUAUUUUGUUCACCCCGAAAAUUCUGAAUGGACUUGCUUCGAGCAAGCAGCCACUUUGGAUAUCAAAAAUUUCUUUGGAUUUGAAAAUUCAAUGGAAAAGUUAGCCAUGAAACAGUAUGCGCAGAAUAUUGCCAAAGGAAAAGAAAUUAUUGAUUUUUUCGUUAGUCAAUUAAAUGAAGAGGGUAUCACACAUGUCGAGCCAUGGAAAGACCCGCUAGAGAAUACCAAAGUUGUGGAAAAAGCAGCUUCUCCCAUAGAAGAAAAAAAAGAAGCAGCGAAAUUUAACGAAAGAAAUUCCAUAGAAGGCAAACUCCCUAGUAAUCGAGAAGUGCAGUUGUCUUCGGAUUACAUCGAGCGUUUUUUGGGGAAACUCGACAUGAUGCAAGAAAGCAAAUUAGUACAAUUAAGACACAGCAUCGAAGACCUGAGAGGUAGCUCUGUGCCUCCAGACACAACGCUACUCCGUUUUCUGCGCGCAAGAGAAUUUUCCGUGGACAAGGCCAGAGAAAUGUUGACCCAAUCACUUCACUGGAGGAAAAAGCAUCAAAUAGACAAACUUCUCGAAGAGUACGAGGCUCCGCAGGUUGUUAAAGAUUACUUCCCGGGUGGCUGGCAUCACUUUGAUAAAGAGGGAAGGCCGCUUUAUGUUUUAAGAUUAGGACAAAUGGACGUUAAGGGUUUACUCAAGUCUAUCGGAGAAGACGAAUUGUUGUUAUUGGCACUACACAUUUGCGAAGAAGGACUUUCCUUGAUGGAUGAAGCUACAAAUGUUUGGGGUCGCCCUGUCUCCCAGUGGACAUUAUUGAUUGAUUUAGAAGGAUUAAAUAUGCGUCACCUGUGGAGACCUGGUAUUAAGGCUCUCCUUCGUAUUAUUGAAAUUGUUGAAUGUAAUUAUCCCGAGACUAUGGGACGCGUUUUAAUAUUAAGAGCACCAAGAUGCUUCCCGAUUCUGUGGACACUAAUCAGUACUUUUAUCCAUGAAAACACGAGAAAUAAAUUCAUUUUCUAUUGUGGAACUGAUUACCAAGAACCGGGAGUAGGUGGCCUUACCGAUUACGUCGAUCCUGAAUAUAUACCAGAGUUCUUGGGCGGUUCUUCAGAGACUUAUAUCGUGGAAGGAGGAAUCGUGCCAAAAAAUCUAUACAAGGUUGAUCUUGAGGGUCCGUCUACCGAGCACGAGCACAGUUUAUAUCAUUCCGUAAGCUUGAGCCGAGGUCAAGUUCACAACGUCGCCAUACAUUGCGACGAUCCCGGCGCAGUUCUUACCUGGGACUUUGAUGUUAUGCGCCACAAAGUCAUAUUUAAUGUCCUGUAUAAAGAGAAGUCCGCUGAAUCUAAUGGAUUGACUGUACCAGAGACAACUACGGUUCUUGAGCAGGAUGUUACCGGUAGCAAAGAAUGGAAAGAGGGCGUUGAUUGUACCAAGGUCGAGCCAAGUAUCGUGUGUCACGACGGCGAGAGUAUUCAGGGAACUCAUAUAAUGCAAGACGCAGGUGUUUAUAUUCUACAGUGGCAGAAUUCGGAAGAGCAAGAAUUCCUUUCGUCAAUUAGUUCACACAAAGCCCAGCUGAUGUAUUUCUAUGAAACCUUACCCUCAGCUAAUUACAAAGGUUCUAUGAUGAGUCUGCAGUCGGCAGUAAGCGGACGAUCGGUAGCAAGUUCCUCUUUGUCUAGAUGAGAAGUAAAUGCGAGUACGAGCAAAAUCGAGCCUGGGGACAAGACGUAAUCCAACGCAAACGACUCUGGCGAUGUUUCAAAGCGUUCGACGUUUGUCUUAUGUGAAAUUUUUUACCAGGUCUGCUCGCUACAAUUUUAGGUAUCUGUUCUAUGAUAGAAAAGAAAAGUCCAAUGGAUAAGCUAAAAAAUAAUUAAAACGAAGCUCCAAGCAAAGCCCAAUGAACAACGGUUGACUCGCUGUUAUAGAAAAUACAAUCGUUGACAAAUCUGUUAGAAUGUAAUGUUGUUGCCUUAAAAAUUAUUUUGGUACAAUCUUGCGUAAAUCGCAUAUUAUCACGUUUACGUAGUUUUCCAGUUUUCACGGCAACUUUAGUAAAUGAAAAAAUAUUUUAUCUUAAGAAAAUUACUUUAUACUGAAAUCCUUUCAUUCAUCAUGAACUUUAGUUUAUCUAUAAAUGUGCAAUAUUUCUUCAUUGCAGAUAAAACAUAAAAUCACUUUUUUACACAAAUAACUGAAUUGAUAUUUGUAUUUUAAUAUUAUAAUCAAAUUUAUCGCUUAUGAAAAAUCUAUAAGUUAUUUCUUUGCGGAAUCUUCAUACAUAGUUUUUGUUGUAAGAAAUAUACUCUUGAAAUUUCUAUGAUUCUCUAAUGAUUGAAUUUAAUUAUGAUAAAAAAAUGCAUAAAUUUCUUUUUUCUUUAAGUUUAAAACAUGUACAAUCAAUAUUACGAAGAUAACGAAGUAAUUGCCAAUCAUAGUAUAAUCUCAAUAUCGAUUUUUAAAGUAACUGAUUAAUUGUUUAUAAAUAUUUAUAUACAUAUGUAGUUUUAUUUACACAUAUGUUACUUUUGCAAGUAACAGAAUCUCUUAGAUUGCAUAAAAAAUUUAGUAGAGUAAAACUUAAUCUGAUCUAAGCGUUAAAUCCUACGAUUUAGAUGUAAAUUACUAAUCAUGAUUGAUUGUUUUUCAUCAAUCUAAUGUUGAGCAUGAUAAGCGAUUUUUAGUACAGCUUUUUAGUGCAACAGGAAGUUAUAAGUGAAACUUAUUUUUUUAAUCAAAUCUAUAUUAUUGUUGAGAUGAGAUUGAGUUGGUGAAAAUUAUUUUUAUCUAAAACAUAAGUACACGCGAAUGUGAAAUAAAAAAUUUUUUGAUACACACAAUACUAGAAUAAACAAACGAAAUCUAGCCAAGUUGUUGAUACUCAAAUUUAAACAAGUGAUUUUAAUAGAAGUCCAUACUAAAAUAAAUCAACACUCGAUACUACAUGACAUUCCUAUUUAGAACAAUACUUGCGAUACAUCCACGCAGACUGGUUCUAUGAUUAAAAAAUUUUAAUACGUAUUACAAAAGAAGUGAUCGUUUUUUUUUAAUACAUGACAAAGUAGAUUCCUUAAGAGGGAAAAAAGAAUCAUGGACAGUUAUGCACAUUCAUGUGUAAAGCUACGAUUGAUGUAAACUUACUUGUAAUUAGAUAUCUUUCCACUAAAAUCAAUUUCAUUUUAGUCAAUUGUUUGUCUAUGUAAUAUAAUAAUCGUAAUUAAUCUGACAUUAUACAUACAU